GAGGGUCAAGAGAGAUUGAAGACGCAUUUUGGUGGCUCGUUUAUUAUAUUAUUAUGGUAUAAAUGCGAUUAUUAAGUAGCGAUAGAAAAUAAUGCCGAACGAGUGGCAGUGGAAUGAGCGUGUCCAAAAGAGUGAAUGGUCUAUUAAAAGAGUGAACUGUAUAGAAAAAACAAAAACAAAAAAUGACCUGAUGAUGGAGGAGCAAAAGCGUCAAGGUCAGCACCAAAGGAAGAAUAUUCCGUCAGCUAAAAAGAAAACAGAUCGGGGCCAAAAGGGGGAUGCAGCAAAUUCUUGGCAAUUUUCGACCCCUUCCAUGAUUCCAUGGCGUGGGCUUCCACGGCCCAAAGGAAAGGAAGGCAGACUCCGAUCGCUCAAGUGGAGGCCAAAUCGCCGAUCUCUUGCGUGCCAAUUCCCUAGAAAUGGCCAGACAAGACAAAAAAGCUGGGUCUCAGAUGGAGACUCGAUCCCACUCUGACAGGUCGCACUGCUGAUUCUGCGAAUCCUCAUCUCCUAUUCGCCUGCAUCAAAUUGACAGGUCCGCCAGCCUCGUGUUUGGUGGUCAAUCCCAGUUGAAGAAAAAUACUUCCGAGGUUAUUGUCCCGGGGUGUUGGUUCAGCUGACAGCUGCAGAUUGUCGAUGAUGGAGACAGAUUGGCGACGAUGUGACGCCGGAGACCAGGGUCCCCUGUCUUGUGUAUGGACAUGACAGCUGAAUAGAUUAACUGGG